GAGACCUGUACGCCCAUUUUGAACAAACAUCCUUCCAUACUAGAUGCCAAAACUUUUUUUCCCUCUUCAUUCCAUUGGGAUCCCUGUAUAUAGAAGAAAGUUUGGUCCGAUUUCCCUAUCAAAGCAAUACACCUCCCUCCCUUUCCCUUCCAAACAGAUAAACCAACAAGGAUACUGCUUUACAUCAGCAGUGGCCUGAGUAUGUUCAGCAGAAGAGGCUAUAUCCCAGAAGAUGAGGACGGAAGUGAUAGAAGGCAAUAACACCAAACCUAGUGCUCCUCUCCUGGCCCAACGAUACCCAAGAAUGGUCACGAAAGAUGGGCACAGCACUCUCCACAUGGAGGGUGCUCACGGGAAACGCCUUGCAUACCUGAAAGAUGCUUGGGGAAUCUUAAUGGACAUGCGCUGGAGAUGGAUGAUGCUAGUAUUUUCUGCUUCUUUUGUCCUCCACUGGCUAGUCUUUGCCGUUCUCUGGUACCUACUAGCAGAGAUGAAUGGGGAUCUGGAAAUCGAUCACGAUUCCCCACCCGAAAACCACACUAUUUGUGUAAAGUAUAUCACCAGCUUUACAGCUGCAUUUUCAUUCUCAUUGGAGACACAGCUCACUAUUGGUUAUGGUACAAUGUUCCCAAGUGGAGACUGCCCAAGUGCAAUUGCUCUACUGGCUAUACAAAUGGUACUGGGACUUAUGCUGGAGGCUUUCAUCACAGGUGCAUUUGUAGCAAAAAUUGCCCGGCCAAAGAACCGAGCUCUGUCUAUCCGGUUCACUUACUCUGCAGUAGUGACACACAGAGAAGGAAAGCCAUACCUAAUGUUCCAAGUGGCUAAUACUCGCCCAAGUCCACUCACCAGUGUUCGGAUUUCUGCAGUGCUUUAUGAAGAACGUGAAAAUGGUCAAUUGUAUCAAACAAGUGUGGAUUUUCAUCUGGACAGCAUUACUUCUGAAGAAUGUCCAUUCUUCAUUUUUCCCUUAACCUAUUACCACUCCAUAACUCCAUCUAGCCCCCUAGCCAUUCUCCUACAAAGGGAGGCUCAUCGUCAUUUUGAGCUAGUAGUCUUCCUUUCAGCCACACAGGAGGGCACAGGAGAAACGUGUCAAAGGAGGACAUCCUACCUACCAUCUGAGAUCAUGUUACAUCACCACUUUGCCUCCAUGUUAGCUCGAGGCUCCAAAGGGGAAUAUCAAAUCAAGAUGGAGAAUUUUGAUAAGACAGUUCCAGAACUUCCAACUGCAGACUCCAAAAGUUCCAAGAGGACUGAUAUGGAGAUCCGCAUCAAUGGACAGCAUAUUGAUAACUUUCAGAUGUGUGAGACUCGUCUGACAGAAUAGACUUCAAAAGUGGUAUUAUUCUUUUUCAUUGGACUAGAGUAUCAUGUGUCAAUAUUUUCUUUUUCCUCCCCAUUUCCUUAUAUUCUUUCCCCCGACCCUCAAUAACUUUGACUUCAGAAAAAUGUGCAAAAUAAAAAGCAUAGUGUGUUCAUAGUGAUGAGCCACUGGAUUAACUGCACAAAAACAGUCAGGGACAAGCAGCACUACAAAAAUUCUGUGAAAACAGAGUGCUACCUGCUGAAUUCAGUAGACUAUGAUUGAAACUGCACUGACCCUGAAACAAGAGAUUUUAAGACUCACAGUCUGGCAACAAUCUGAAGUACAGGAAAGUAAAAUCUGUAGCAAAAUGGACAAAACUUUAGUAAACUAUCUCAGCUGAAAAGAAUUUUCAUCUGGAAAGCUCAAGAGCCCUCAGAUUCUUUGAAUUAGUUAUUUCUUGCUAUAAUGGUUACAAGAGAAUAUGCUGAUGUCUAAACAUGCCAUGAAGAAUGUUGCUAGUAUUUUCUGUGGCAAUGAAAUUGCAAGCCUGCUGUGCUUGUUUAUUAAGAAAAAUCACAAGCAUUUGCUGAAGCAUUUGUUCCAGCAGCUAGGAACAAGUUCAACAUCCGUAGGCAUUUCUGUGUUGAAAGUGAAUGACAAGACCCUAAUAUGUAUUAGACUCUUAAUACUCUGAACCUGAACUCUUUUCACAAUUAUAAACAAGCAAUAUAUUUAGAAGAGAGAAACUGAUUUGUAAUUGUCUUGUGAAAGACAAUCAACGCCUCUUGUAUCAGCUAUGAUACAAGUCUAAACUUGCAGUCCUGAUAUCAGAAGGACACACUACUGAGCAGAUACUCAGUUCAAACAAUACAGAGAUAAACUGGUGACUCUAAAAUAAUUAUACAAACAUGAAGCUUACUAUGAGGCUUUGAACUCAAGGUUCUGUGCCAGGUUUGUUUCAUAUUACUAGAACCAUUUAUCAGAACUAAUGCUAUUUUUUGAAAAUGAACACUGUUUUUGAAUAGUCAAAGAAACACUCUUAUGGAUUCGUCAGAUUUUUUUCAGCUACACAGAGAGAUCAAUAAUUACUCUCUAUU